AUGGACCAUUCUCGGCAGAAGAUAAGUGAGGUAACAUUUAAUUCUGGAAAUCUCAUUACAUCAUGUUCUUGCAAAUUGUUUGAGAGAUUGGGGAUUUUAUGUAAACAUGCAGUAUGUGUUUUAAAUGCAAGAAAAAUUACAAAGAUUCCAGAGUACUACAUUCUUGAUCGAUGGACAAAAGAGGCAACCAAAAGGCCAAUUUUUGAUAUGCAUGAGGGAAAUGAGGAAAAUUUGCAACAAUUUCUCGAUAAUCUUAGAGAUUUUAGUAAGAGUUUGGUAGAACAAGGAAAGUGUGUGCCAAUGAAAAAAACUCAAGAGAUUGAGCUUUUUGUUGGUCCUAGUGCGUCUUUUAACCUCAAUAUCCAAAAUCCAAUACAAUCAAAGAAUAAAGGCAAGAGACAUAGAAUAGUAGGAGAAAAGGAGGCAGCCAUUGAGCAAAGUCAGAAACCCAAAAGGAAAUGUAAAGCUUGUGGGGCAUAUGAUUAUCACGAUAGUCAUCAGUUACGUCCUGCAUUCACUUUUUUGAAGUCUUCAUGUAUCCCGCCUUAUGGUUUUGAGUCUUUUGACAGUGUGAGACCUGAGAGUCUGAAACAAUUAUGUUGUAUCUAG